AUGAGUGACUUAAAGAGUGCAUUUAUAACUCAAAAACCCAUUUUUCUUAUGUUGUACAAGGAUGAGAACCUUGAUACUAAUAAUACCUUGCCUAGUGCAAUGGAAUAUGAAGAUAUAUUUCCCGAGGAGGUUCCUAGUGGAUUACCACCACUAAGAGGGAUUGAGCACCAAAUAGAUUUCAUUCCGGGAGUUACAAUACCAAAUUGUCCAACUUAUAGAACCAAUCCAGAAGAAGCAAAGGAGCUACAAAAACAAGUUGAAGAACUUUUGGCAAAAGGGUAUAUUCGAGAGAGUAUGAGCCCAUGUGCUGUACAAGAAAGAUGGAACUUGGAGAAUGUGCAUGGAUUGCAGAGCCAUCAACAAAAUUAUGGUAAAGUAUCAUCAUCCUAUCCCUAG